AUGGUCGAUGAAAUCAAGGCUUCCUACGGCGACGGUGUUGCAACAGUAAACGGUGGAGGUCACGGUGGCGGCAGUGGGCGGACCACUGGUCGCGAUCUUCGACGGUGGCGGAGACGGCUGAUUGAAGGAAAAAAAUGGGAGGUGGGUUUAGAGUGCUUCAUCUUUCCCGGACCUUUCUUUUCGGCUGUCCAAUCAUGCACACUUACUAAUCCGUAUAUUGCCUUAAAUAAACCGAACAAACUACCGCCGGAACGACGUCGUGUCUGGCUGAACCCAAACCUAAAAAAUUCGAGUCAAUUGGCCCCUCUCGGAGAAAACAGCAGAAUCGACUUAUCUUGGUCGAAAGCUCAGUUCCCGUAUUUCAGUUUUGUGAUGCUCAGUUUGAGGUAUUCUCUGGCUACCAUUGGUGUAGAGUUGCAAUCAGCUCGACUCGGGAAAAACCGGUAUCCCUGUAGAGUGGAAUGUGGUGCUAAAGGCCCUCGACCAAGGUACCCUCGGGUAUGGAAAACCAAAAAGAAGAUAGGGACCAUUUCAAAAUCCCUAAAGCUCGUUGAAUGUAUUAAGGGAUUAUCAAAUGUGAAAGAGGAAGUGUAUGGUGCUCUUGAUUCCUUCAUUGCCUGGGAAUUAGAGUUUCCGUUGAUUAUAGUGAAGAAAGCUAUAAAAAGUCUCGAGCAUGAAAAGGAGUGGAAGAGGAUAAUUCAGGUGACAAAAUGGAUGCUAAGCAAGGGACAAGGAGGAACAAUGGGGAGCUAUUACAUUUUGCUGAAUGCUUUGGCCAAGGAUGGGCGGCUUGACGAGGCUGAGGAGCUUUGGCAAACAUUGCUUUCUCAGAACUUGGAAAGUAUGCCUCGUAUGUUCUUCGAGAAAAUGAUUUCUGUGUACAGUCAAAAUGAAAUGCAUGACAAGAUGUUUGAGAUAUUUGCGGACAUGGAAGAGCUUGGAAUCCAGCCGACUGUGCCAAUAGUCACCAUGGUCGGUGAUGUUUUCAAGAAGCUCAACAUGUUGGACAAAUACAAGAGAUUACGGAAUAAAUAUCCCCCGCCCAAAUGGGAAUACCGGUACAUCAAGGGUAAGCGCGUGAAAGUAAAGAUGCAGCAGUAUGAUGAUCAAAACGAGAUUGACAGUAGUGAGGUAAGGGGUUCUGAUGUGAUCAAUGGUGGUGAGUCAUUGAAACUGCAUGAAAAUGGUGAGGUAAGUGAUGGUGAUUGUGCUAAGGAGGAUAAAUUGUAUCUGCCUGAAAAUAUUGAUUCCAUUGUAACAGAUUGA